ACUCGCGAAUCGCAACGCGGCGUAAUCCGAACCUUAAUUUGCGUACAGCCUCUAUAAGUACCGAGUCGCUUCCGGUAGCCUCGGUGCGGCUGUUGUGUUUGCGUUCGUGGUGGUCUCUGCAGCUCGUGCUUGCCGUUAUGCCUGAACCGGCGAAAUCUGCCCCGGCGUCCAAAAAGGGCUCGAAGAAAGCUGUCACCAAAGCCCAGAAGAAGGACGGCAGGAAGCGCAAGCGCAGCCGCAAGGAGAGCUAUUCCAUUUACGUGUACAAAGUGCUGAAGCAAGUGCACCCGGAUACCGGCAUCUCGUCCAAGGCCAUGGGCAUCAUGAACUCGUUCGUCAACGACAUCUUCGAGCGCAUCGCAGGCGAAGCGUCGCGCCUGGCGCAUUACAACAAGCGCUCGACCAUCACGUCGCGGGAGAUCCAGACGGCCGUGCGCCUGCUGCUGCCCGGCGAGCUGGCCAAGCACGCCGUGUCCGAGGGCACCAAGGCGGUCACCAAGUAUACCAGCUCCAAGUGAGUUCCUGCCGGGAUGCGGCGCUCGGAUGAGGCGCCGAGCCGCUUGACUUUCCAAAGGCUCUUUUCAGAGCCACCCACUCUCUCAGUGGAAGAAGCUGUCAUGUUGUUUUACACAGGUUUUUUGUAGCUCUACUUUGCUUUUUUUCCUCACCUAGUUAACGUUAAGAGCGUUCACAGUCGUUAAGUACGAACACAACCAUUUCUUUCAGAAAAGUGACGGAGUAUUUUUACCUAGUUUGGGAGAAUCUAAUGGGGUAUAGAUGUGCUGUGUUUUGUCAGAACUCUUGAAACUGUUUCAAUGAUGUUGCUUUUUAUGAACUUAUGUAUGCAAGAUAAAGUUCGAAUAUCAAAGGUGCUACCAUCUGGUGUUCCCAAGUGGUAAACAGUCGUGGUACUUAAUUUUUUGUAUUGUGUGGUCGGUGUUGUUUACAAAAAAGGGAUAACUCAACUUUCACUUGGUGCUAACAAAUUCCUUGCGUUUGUGUUAUUCACAAGCACCUGCGUACCCAGUUUAUGUGUAGAUUCCCCAACAGGGAAACUGGAGCUUGCUUUUGAUACCUAGGAAUUAACCAUUCUGGUGGUUUUUGUCUGCCUCAUCUUAGGUCAAAUCACAUAAAACUUGACUAAUACUCGGUGAUAGUGUUCUCUCCAGAGAAUUACCUCUUAGAAAAGCUUACCCAAUUUAAAAGAUAUGUCCAUACAAUGGAAAUAAGAUAUGCAUAAUUUCCGAAGCAGGAAAAUAUUUGAAAUGUUCAAGGAGCAGAAAGCCCCAAUAUAGCUGGGAAUGCAAAGGAGACUGGCUUCAGAGGUUAGUGUCGGUGCUUUGGGAACCCUUGGAUUGCUUUCUGUAGGGACAUGGAUAACAAGACUUCAUUAACCUUAAAGUAGAUCACUGGUUGCUAUGGUGAAUCAUAGAUCCUAGAUUAUCCAUAGAAGCAAGGGAACCAAUUAGGAGGGCUAUUACAGUGUUGCAGGCUAGAGCAGUGACUCUUACAGUGGCUUCUCUUGUUGCGGAGCACAGGUUCU